GUCCACAGAGGAGCGGAAGCCGGAAGUGGGGCCCUCUCUGCGCGUGGUCGCGAUGUCGGCUGGCGGGGCAGUGGAGCCCGGCCCCCCGGGAGCUGCUGUUGCCCCCUCGCUCACCCCGGCCCGGGCCCCCGCCCCGGGGCACUUGUUCCGGCCUAUCAGCGCCGAGGACGAGGAGCAGCAGCCCACCGAGAUCGAGUCGCUGUGCAUGAACUGUUACCGCAACGGAAUGACACGCCUGCUGCUCACCAAGAUCCCCUUCUUCCGAGAAAUAAUCGUGAGCUCCUUUUCCUGCGAGCACUGCGGCUGGAGCAACACGGAGAUCCAGUCUGCAGGCAGGAUCCAGGACCAGGGAGUGCGCUACACCCUGGCCGUCAGGGCCCAGGAGGAUAUGAACAGAGAAGUAGUGAAGACUGACUCUGCCACCACAAGGAUCCCAGAGCUGGAUUUUGAAAUUCCUGCCUUCAGCCAGAAGGGAGCUUUGACCACUGUUGAAGGGUUGAUCAGCCGUGCCAUCUCUGGCCUGGAGCAGGAUCAGCCCACACGAAGGGCAAAGGAAGAAGCUGUGGCUGAAAGAAUUGAUGAUUUCAUUGUCAAACUGAAAGAGCUAAAGCAAGGGGCCUCUCCUUUCACUCUGAUCAUUGAUGAUCCCUCAGGGAACAGCUUUGUGGAAAACCCACACGCUCCCCAGAAAGAUGGCGCCCUGCUGAUCACGCACUAUACCCGGACUCUGCAGCAGGAAGAGGUGCUGGGGCUCCAGGCAGAGGCACCAGAAGGGAAGCCAGUGGAGGAGGACCUCAGAAAUGAAGUCCUACAGUUCAACACAAACUGCCCGGAAUGCAAUGCUCCGGCUCAGACCAACAUGAAGCUGGUUCAAAUCCCCCACUUUAAGGAGGUUAUCAUCAUGGCUACCAACUGUGAGCACUGCGGCCAUCGGACCAAUGAGGUGAAAUCUGGGGGAGCAGUAGAGCCCUUGGGUACCAGGAUUACCCUCCACAUCACAGAUCCCUCCGAUAUGACCAGAGACCUGCUCAAGUCUGAGACAUGCAGUGUGGAAAUCCCAGAGCUGGAGUUUGAACUGGGAAUGGCUGUCCUCGGGGGCAAGUUCACCACGCUGGAGGGGCUGCUGAAAGACAUCCGGGACCUGGUGACCAAGAACCCUUUCACACUGGGUGACAGUUCCAGUCCUGGCCAGACAGAGAAACUGCAGGAGUUCAGCCAGAAAUUGGACCAGAUCCUUGAGGGCAACAGGAAGGCCUGCUUUAUUAUGAACGAUCCAGCAGGAAAUAGCUACCUGCAGAAUGUGUAUGCGCCUGAAGAUGAUCCUGAGAUGAAGGUGGAGCGUUAUGAGCGCACAUUUGACCAGAAUGAGGAGCUUGGGCUCAAUGACAUGAAGACCGAGGGCUAUGGGACAGACCUGGCCCCACAGCGGUAGCAGGGGAGCAGCUCCUGGGCCAGCCUCUGGCGCUGCUCAGAUCGUAGGGUUAUUUAUUUCUGUUGGAAAAGGUGCGGAGAUGUAGGCACACUAUGUGAACGGUUUGUGAUGGAAGUGUAAGCGUGGUGGGCUACUUGACCUUAUUUUGGAGGUUUUGAUUGGCCUGGGAGGAAACCCAGAAGGUAACUAUGGAGCAUGUCACCCCUUUUGUCCUGUUACAUCUUUCCCCUCCCUCCACCCAGUGCCCUCUUCUCUUGGGCAGGAACUCUCAAGUUGGAGAAUGUAGAAGACAGCUACAUCUAGAGUUUGAGAGUUGGUUUGGGUAUAUAAAAUACUGCUUUUCAACAGGAAAAGAGUCUUCUGAGGGAGGGAACCCAGCAUAGGUGACGAAAUUCUCAUUAAAAUGAUGGCUUUCAAACAGCA